AUUUCUUAUCACUAAUCUAGUCGAACCCCGGCCAAUCGCAUUCGAAUUGAUAACUAACUCGUCCGGAUAGAUCGUUCUUCCGCAGACACAGUAUGGAUUAGAUUGAUUUGUGCCACUGAAUAGGGAAGACCUUUAAUUGGGAUUUAAAUUUUGUGAACGAUAUCAGAAUGAAGGUUAUUUUUGCUAUUUGUGGAGUGUUGCUGCUGACCGUGGCUGUUCACGCCACAGAAGACCAGGCUCCGGUAGCCGAAGUUGUCGCAAAGCUAGAGAAUUUGAUCACAAAAGUGAGAUCCAAAAUUAAUGCAGAAGAAGCACCUGUUGUGAAAUCUGUUCCGGACUUCCCCCAUGAGAUUACUGCCAGGCUAAAUAAACUGAUCAGGAAAGUGAGCACCAAAACUGACGUCGAAGAAGCACCGGUUGCCAAACCUCAGAACCAGGUUCCGGUUGCCGUCCCUGAUACGAUCGUCGAAAAACUGGAAAACUUUAUCGCUGAAGUUAGAGCCAAAAUGGACGCUGAACCGGCCCCGAUUGUGGUACAGCCUAACAACGUGAUCGAUGCUCCAGUCCAAUGCCCGCCAGGACAGAAGCCGGAUCAUAACAACAAAUGCCGUGACGUGUGGUCCAAGAAUGUCCCAGCUGAAGAGUCCUCUUAAACGUGGAGACGUGGAAGAUUGACAGGAAGCUCCGAGGUUGCAAUCAGUAUUUAAGUAUUCGCCAAUCGGACGAGACAGGUAGUGUGAAGUGAGUAUAGUUUCGCCAUCAAUAAAACUGAAAUAAAGAGAAUUUUGCACACCACGAGAGUAAA